UUUUUAGUAUCAUGUAUGGUUUUAAUUAGUAAACGUGAUAUUACUCUACUUUGAAGUUUGGUGCAAUAUAAUUGAGAGAGCUGCAGUAAAGGGAAUGUGUACGUCUCCAAGAUAGACCAGAACAAUAAUGGAGUCUUUAUGGAGUUCCGUGCCACACUCUCUUUAGCUUUUCUCACGUACCUUGUGAAUCAUUCUAAUAUAGAAAUAGAAUAUGCAUCAUUGCAUGUUUCUUUCUUUAGACGGAUUGAGUCACAUUUAAGUCGGUAGUAAAAAGACAAGAAAAUAAACGUUUUUCUUCUUCAUUUGGAGGAACGAGUUCGGACCAGGCCGGGACCAGACAACACUAAUACCUGAUAGAUUUAACUCCUUGCGCUAAAUCAUUAACCCAAUACACCAUUGGGAGAAAAAGAGUUUAAAACUUAAUUAAGGUAACAAUAUAUAUUUGUUUUUGGGUCAGAACCGGUUUCGGGAACUUUCAAAAUUACAAAAUCUCGUCUUGAUUAGCGUUUAACUUUUUAUUUUGUUUAACAUCUUAUAAAGGAAAGUAUUUACAUUUCAAAAUCAAAGAUGAUCAGAACUAUUUCCCUUUAUGUCUUUUUGUAAAUAAAGGCUUUCCUCCUUCACAUCACUCGAGAAUCUUUAUUCUCUAAUACUUUCUUUACUUACCAAGAAUGCAACAGCGUCUGCGUCUGCACACAAAGCAAAAAUCAUAGAGACGAGAGACUUAUCUCUAAAACCCCUUGGAUAGUAUUGUUUUCGUUACAACGAGUCUCCACGCGAUCUGGAGAACAAGACAGCGUGGUUCAAGAUGGCUGGUAUUUCAAACAGACCUUUGUCUCAAUCUUCUUCCUCAACAAGCUCUACUUCAUGUAACAGUCGCUCCUCUAUUCCUCCUCCCACCUUUUCCACCUGUAUAUUCUCUGAUGUUGCCGGAGACAUCACCGUUGUUGUUGGUGGAGAGUCUUUUCUACUCCACAAGUUUCCACUAGUAGCUCGGUGUGGGAAGAUGAGAAAGAUGGUGAGAGAUCUCAAGGACAAUUCAAGUAUCGAGCUAAGAGACUUCCCUGGUGGACCUCUAACUUUCGAGCUCGCCAUGAAGUUCUGCUACGGCAUCAACUUAGAGAUAAACCCCUCCAACGUGGUCGACCUCCGCUGCGCAGCAGGUUACCUAGAGAUGACCGAAGACUACAAGGAAGACAAUCUCAUCUCUCAAACCGAGAGUUACCUCGACAAGACAGCUUUCCGCAACCUCAAGAAAUCAGUUCAAGUGUUAACCUCAUGCGAGAGGCAAGAACUGUCGGAAAAGUUCAAGAUUCCUGACAGGUGCGUGGAGGCCAUCGCCAUGAACGCUUGCAGGGAGCAGUUAGUAUCGAAUUUAUCAGAGGAGCUAAAGGGGAGAGACUGUCUCGCGUGGUGGAUCGAACAGCUCUCUGCUCUCGGCAUUGAUUACUACACAAGAGUUGUGUCUGUGAUGGCCAGAACAGGUGUCCGGUCCGAGAGCAUCGUUGCUUCUCUGAUGCAUUACUCUCAAUCACUAAAAGGUGUUAUUGUUGACCGCAACUGUCAGGGGCAGAGAGAGAUCGUUGAAGCUAUUGUAACCCUUUUGCCGAGUGACGAGAGAGGAACAAUCAUCCCUCUCAGCUUCCUCCUUGGGAUGUUAAAGAUUGGAAUCACAUUAGGUAUAGAGAUCUCUUACAGGCUUGAGCUAGAACGUAGAAUCGGACAGCAGUUAGAGAGCGUGUCUCUUGAUGAUCUGCUUAUACCUUCUGUCGGAAGGGAAGAGGCCAUGUAUGAUGUGGACACUGUGCAUAGGAUACUCGCGUGUUUUCUCGAGAGGGUUGAUGAAGAAGAUGAGGAGAGUGGUUGUGAUUCAGACUCCACUGGUCAUUACCAUGGUUCGUUGCUGAAAGUGGGACGGAUCAUCGAUGCGUACUUGGCUGAGAUCGCACCGGAUCCCUACCUGAGUCUACAUAAGUUCACAGCUAUUAUAGAGAGUUUACCUGAUUACGCACGGAUCGUUGAUGAUGGGAUAUACAGAGCCAUUGACGUGUAUCUCAAGGCUCAUCCAUUAAUGACGGAAGAAGAACGUAAGAGUCUAUGCAAGUUCAUAGACUGCAACAAGCUUUCACAGGACGCAAGCAACCACAUGGCGCAAAACGACCGUCUUCCUGUGCAAAUGGUAGUACGUGUUCUCUAUUCAGAACAGCUGCGGCUCAAGAAAGCUCUGUCGGGAGACUCAGAUGAAGGUGUACUAGAUUUGUCUUCGGGAGUUCUGAACCGAGCGGUUUCUCCAAGAGACAACUACGCGUCUCUGAGGAGAGAGAACAGAGAGUUGAAGCUGGAGAUAGCGAGGAUGAGAGUGAGAGUUAGCGAGUUGGAGAAGGAGCAAACGUUGAUGAAAGAGGGAAUGAUGGAGAGGUCUGGUAAUAGCGGUGGAACGUUCUUGACGUCAUUGUCUAAAGGGAUUGGCAAAAUUGGGAUAUUCGGUGGUGAAAAUCGGCAGAAGGUUAACCGGAAAUCGAGGUCGGUUUCGGAGAGAAAGACAAGUCGAAAGGGGUAAUAGAAAUGAUGAUGGUGGUGAUGAUGACAAUUGACAAGUCGUAAGUAGUGUGAAACGUCAAGGUUGCUAGCUAUAUCUACAGAGAAAGAGACAGAGUCACAUGUAGAGGGUGGUGUACUGGGCCGGAUAGAGUGUGGAGUAGACCCAUAAUAGAACCAAUGAGGUAUCGUUUUCAGCCUAUAGAAAACAGAGGGGUAUAAUUGUGGGUUGGUUUGGGUCCAGGCCGUCUCUAUCAUAAAAAAAAAUAAAAAAGUAUUAGAGAGAGUUUUUCCAUUGGGUAUCUCAUAUAUUUAUAUUAGUAUAAUUUUAUUUUAUUAUAUGACUAAAAUCUAGAUAUAUAAAACAAAACAUUUAUAUACAUAUAAGAUAUGAGUCUUUCAUAUGUUUUGUAGAAUUCCUAUAAGAAAAAAAAAUGAUUCUUCACA